AUGUCGAACAUCCUCAAAAGAAAAAACGAAGAGGUUGAGCCUCUGUCGGCCGACAAUGACCAGCUCAACAAGAGAGUGGCCCUCGACAGUGAACAAUUGGAGGAGUCUGAAAAGAAAGAAGAAUCAUCCCAAAUGGCCCCUACUCUUAGUGACAAUGCUAUCAACUCUGACAAAGACACUUCUACUUCCUCUGAAGACGUGACCAGUAAACAAGAGGAGCCGCCUUCUACUGCUGCUUGGACCGACAACUCGCUAGCUUCUUCUGACAAUGCUGAAUACGAUGCCGCCACUGCUCUGGCUGCCGCCGCCGCCCUGAAACCCGUAUAUCGGGAAAAAGAAGAUAGCACCACUGUUUCGCUCCGGAUGUACUGUCCGGUGAAGGAAGCGGGUGUUAUAGUGGGUAAGAAGGGUGAGACCAUCACCCACCUCCGUGAGAAGGCGAACGUGAGGAUCAAUGUGAGCGAGAACUUGAAGAAUGUUCCUGAAAGAAUUGUGUCUGUCAAGGGCUCGGCAGAGAAUGUGGCUCGUGCGUUUGGUCUCAUCACGAGAACCAUCUUGGAGGAGCCCGAGGACGAGCCUGCUUCUAUCAUGAGUAAACAGUACAACUUGAGACUCUUGAUUCCUCAUCCUUUGGUGGGUUACAUCAUUGGUAAGCUGGGCGUUAAGUUCAGAGAGAUUGAGGAGAACUCUGCUGCCAAGCUCAAGGCCGCCGAACAGCCAUUACCUUACUCUACCGACCGUGUGUUGGCCGUCAACGGUGUGGGCGAUGCUAUCCACAUUGCUGUCUAUUACAUCUCUCAAGUGCUUUUGGAGCACAAGGAAACUCUCAAAAAGCAUAAGAUUGUUCUCUACAAUCCUGCCAACUACCGUCAUCAAAUGCCUACUGCCAAUCCUCUUCAGAACAUGGCAAUUGCACCUCAACAGCCUCCUCAAAUGCCUUUCAUGAACGCUCCUCCUCAAAACAUGUCUCCUUUGCAAGGUCUUACUGGUAUCCCGGGUGUAACCGAUCCAAAAUCCGCUUACCAGCAGACCGCAAAACCUUACAAUUUUCAAAUGAUGUUCCAGCCCUCUGUCAGACCUGAGUUUAGCUCUCCUCAGCCUCCAGCUCAUAUGGGCCACCAGCAACACAUGGGCGCCCCUCCAGUUAACGUACCUCAGCAAAACUCUUUCACUGAUGAACACGGUAAUACUAUCGUUGGUGAUGUGAUUACCCAGAUGCCAACGCAAAUCAGUCUGAGCCCUGAGAAGUACAACGAGGACGUGUUCGUGGCCAACAGUAACAUUGGCUCUGUCAUUGGUAAAGGUGGUAACAACAUUAAACAAAUCAGAGAGACUAGUGGCUGCACUUAUGUGAAAAUUGAGCCUGACCAGAACCAAACCCUUCUUCUAGGCGGUGGAAAAGGUGUUACUAAUGUCAGAAAGUUGACAUUGACCGGUUCUUACAACUCCAUCCAGACUGCCAUUUUCCUUAUAAACCAGCGUAUCAGUGCUGAUAAGGAGAGAAACGGUAUCCAGUAA